AUGGAAUCCUCCGAUGCCCGAGAUGCCCCCAUCCAGCAGGGAGCCGAUACAGAGACACCCGCUUGCCAGACAUGUCGAAGCCGGAAACUGCGUUGCGUGGAAUGCGUGUACGACUAUCAUAGGAACAAACCGGGCGUGAAGAUCGGGACUAUCCAGACGUUGACUCAGAGAGUUGAAUUACUGGAAGUAGAGCUGGAUGCCGUCAGAUCUAAACAAGAAAGACUCAGUGUAGCUCCGACUACAGAGUAUGGGGGCCAUGAUGUGAACAUAAUCCGCGGUGUGGUAUCAUCCUUCAUGGAAGAGUGGUGGAGCAACAACUCUCGCCAGGAUGGGACCCGUCCACGCAGUUCAAUCGAAGGCAUCCAAGUCGACGAAGCAUCUCAGCCAAGGACACCUACCACAGCCCCGGAUAAUAGAGCCUCUCGCAAGAGAAGGCGUCAAGAAUUACCGGACCAACGAGAGCCCAGCGGACAACCGACAUAUCUGCCCUCGGACAACUUGGUCAAUGCGGUUCUUGAUGCAUACUUCUCCGCUGUACAUCCGUUCAUUCCAAUAAUUCAUGAGAUGCUCUUCCGGUCACGCCUGCGAGACCCCACUGAGCGACCGAAGCUGAUCGUUGUAUUGCAUGCUAUGAUGGUGUGUGCCCUUCGCUAUGUCGCCAACGAGAAAUUAGCAAAGGAAUGGAUUACACAACAUCCCGAUGCUCUCCAUAGAUCACGGGAGUAUGUUCUUUUGUCAAAUAUGAAUGAUAUCACUGUGGAAAAUAUACAGGCCCUGAUCAUAAUCGCCUUUGUACAUAUUGGGGACGGAAAUGCGAAAAAGGCCUGGCCCACCAUUGGGACCCUGAGUAGGGCGGUCGUGCUUUUGGGUCUUAACUGCGAGCCUGAUGAAACAGAACCUGGAGAAGCCUGUCUCAAGCCAUUGCAGUGCCUACCACCUGCAAGGGUUUGGACUGAAGCGGAAGAACGAAGACGAGUAUUUUGGAAUGUGUUUUUGCUAGAUCGAUUCUGUUCCAUUACGACUGGGUGGAAUAUGAACCUGUCAAGCGAUGAUGUUCAGGUCCGAUUGCCAAGUGAUGGGCUAUACUGGGUAAAAGAGGAGCCUGUGACCACCCCAUUUUUGAAUAUCUGGGAUUCUUCUAUGGCCAGACUGGGAAAAUCCGUCUCUUUUAUUACUGGUCACUUUGCAUCUCUGGCCGAUAAGGAAAAGGAGGCUCCACCUACAGGUCCGAAUUCAGAGCGAGUGUCGCCCGCUGUCCAAGCCCCCGAAGCUAGAGCUGUUGAUGUUUCGACAAUCGGAUCCUUUGCAUAUUGCAUAGAAGCGACCGAGGCUCUAAACAGAGUGGUUAAAUUCUUCCUUCAGCGACCAGUCGAUCUCCAAAAUAGGCAGGCAUUCAGCGCUUGGUUGACACGAUUCAAAGAAUUGGAUCUUCAAUUGAUUCACUGGAAAAUGUUUCUCCCACGGCGAUGGAAGGAUUCCAAUAUAUCGAGAGAGCCGGCAUUUGUUCACAUGGAUCCAAACCUGACCCUCGCACAUAUCACCCAUAACACCUCCAUGAUUCUACUCCACCAGAGCAUUGCCUAUCCGCGAGCGCAAAUCUUGGAGAAGCUUGAGUUGGCCAGCACGGCAAGCGCCGAGACUUGUCAGCUGGCAGCUCUCGAAACUGCUAACAUUGUACAAAAGUACCUGCAAUACACUCCGUUUGUGGGCCUUGUCAGCCCUCAAUUCUCAUUCUGCACCUUCAUCAGUGCUCAUGUUAUACUAGUGCACUCGAAUAUUCACAAAAAGGAGCUCCCGGAUACUUACAAAAUCCUAUUGUCAAGCCUACAACAAAUGUCCGACCGAUGGACUUCAAUGAAUCCCGAACUCAAAAUGGACAACGACAUCAAAAAUUUUGCCGGGGAUCUACUCGAACAGCUGCAAGUGUCUCAAGAAGCAUCGGGACCCCUAUCAUUUGAUUACAUCACCGAGGUGAAUCGUGCUCUGGGUGUUGAGCGUCCCGCACGUAGCCCAGACAACAGUCAAUGGAUAGAGGAACGUCGCGCCCAACAACGACACAGUAUAAUUCCAGUCACCGGGAACCGGCUACAUUACAUUAGCAAUGACCGACAGGCAAACAUCGAUGUCAAGGUCCUUUCAAAGUGA